ACACGCUGAGCUGCCAGGAUGCGUGGUCUACCCCCGUGUAGUAAGACCUACGCCACACCCCGACGUCCUUUUGAGAAGGAGUCUGGAUCCGGAGUGAAGCUCAUUGGGGAAUAUGGGCUUCGUAACAAGCGUGAGGUUUGGCGUGUGAAGCUGACCCUCGCUAAGAUCCGUAAGGCUGCUCGUGAGCUGCUGACACUGGAGGAGAAGGACCCCAGACGUCUGUUUGAGGGUAAUGCCCUACUGCGCCGGCUGGUGCGUGUCGGUGUGCUGGAUGAGGGGAAGAUGAAGCUUGAUUACGUGCUGGGCCUGCGCGUGGAGGACUUCUUGGAGCGACGUCUCCAGACCCAGGUCUUCAAGCUGGGAUUAGCCAAGAGUAUCCACCACGCCCGCGUGCUGAUCCGCCAGAGGCACAUCAGGGUACGUAAGCAGUUGGUGAACAUCCCAUCCUACGUGGUGCGCGUGGACUCCCAGAAGCACAUCGACUUCAGCCUGCAGUCUCCGUUCGGAGGUGGUCGUCCUGGACGUGUCAAGAGGAAGAACAUGCGUAAGGGCACCGGGGGCGGUGGAGGCAUGGACGAUGAGGAAGAUGAAGACUAACUCAAUACCCUCCCUACUUCUGGUGGAGGGUGUGCCAUGAGCCCAAGACAUGCCCAGAAAUAAAUACAUGUCAAAAGGACA